GUAUAUCAUUUUUAGUAUGUGAUGUCAACUGCACUGCUGAAUACCUGGUUUGUUAAGUUGGACUCUACCUUAACAAAAUGACCAGACUAUUUUAUUUUAAUUGCACAAAACAUGUAAACUGAUGUUAAAUAAUGCAUUUUCCCUGGAAUCGAACAUUGCUAUAGUACCCUUAAGCCAAGCAUUUACCUUUAGCUGUUAAGCUGAAUUAACAUGAAAUAUUUUUCCCCCAUUUCUAUAGAGUUCACAAGCUUCUUGGGCACCUUUAGCCUUUGCCGUUGGCUUACCUCUCGUGAGCAACCACCAUGAGUUCUCUUUUAGACAUGACUGAAUUUGGGGAGGCUGCUGAUUAUCUGCGGAAAAGUGAUCGUGAGCUUAUGAAGUUACAGACCAUCCCCUUUGAUGGCAAGAAAAAAGCCUGGAUUCCAGACGAUAAGGAAGCCUACAUUGAAGUAGAAAUCAAGGACUCUUCUGGUGGCAAUGUCAAUGUGGAGACUAAAGAUAAAAAGACACUUAGUGUGAAGGAAGAUGACAUCCAGCAGAUGAACCCCCCAAAAUUCGACAUGAUUGAAGAUAUGGCCAUGCUAACUCACCUCAACGAGGCGUCUGUUCUUGACAACCUGAAAAGACGUUAUGCAAACUGGAUGAUUUAUACAUACUCUGGUUUGUUUUGUGUUACUGUCAACCCCUACAAAUGGCUGCCAGUCUACACAGCAACUGUUGUAGCUGCCUACAAAGGCAAGAGACGCUCAGAAGCUCCACCCCAUAUCUACUCAAUUGCGGACAAUGCAUAUAAUGACAUGGUGCGCAAUCGGGAAAACCAAUCAAUGCUUAUCACCGGAGAAUCCGGCGCGGGCAAAACUGUAAACACGAAACGUGUUAUUCAGUACUUUGCUAUUGUGGCUGCUCUUGGGGAAGGGUUCGGGAAGAAGAGCCAAGCUCCUGCUACAAAAACUGGGGGCACUUUAGAGGACCAAAUCAUUGAAGCUAAUCCAGCUAUGGAAGCAUUUGGCAAUGCCAAAACAUUGAGGAACGAUAAUUCUUCUCGUUUUGGAAAAUUUAUACGAAUCCAUUUUGGACCAACUGGCAAAUUGGCUUCUGCUGACAUUGACAUCUACCUUUUGGAAAAAUCAAGAGUGAUUUUCCAACAACCGGGGGAAAGAAGUUACCAUAUCUACUACCAAAUUCUUUCUGGAAAGAAGCCAGAACUUCAAGAUAUGCUGUUAGUGUCUACCAACCCAUAUGAUUAUCACGUCUGCUCACAAGGGGUAACCACAGUAGACAACUUGGACGAUGGUGAAGAACUCAUGGCAACAGAUCAUGCCAUGGACAUCCUUGGCUUUAGCCAAGAAGAGAAGACGGGCAGCUAUAAAAUAGUUGGAGCCGUCAUGCAAUUUGGAAACAUGAAGUUCAAGCAAAAGCAGCGAGAGGAGCAGGCUGAGGCAGACGGCACUGAAAGUGCGGACAAGGCAGCCUACUUGAUGGGAAUCAGCUCAGCAGAUCUCAUUAAAGGUUUACUCCACCCCAGGGUCAAGGUCGGGAAUGAAUAUGUGACCAAAGGUCAAAACGUGGAACAGGUGGUGUAUGCUGUUGGUGCACUGGCCAAAGCAACUUAUGAUCGAAUGUUCAAGUGGCUUGUUAGCCGGAUAAACAAGACACUGGACACUAAAUUAGCAAGACAGUUCUUCAUAGGAGUCCUGGACAUCGCUGGAUUUGAAAUAUUUGAGUACAACAGUUUCGAGCAACUUUGCAUCAACUUUACAAAUGAGAAACUGCAACAGUUUUUCAACCACCACAUGUUUGUCCUGGAACAGGAGGAAUAUAAGAAGGAAGGCAUUGAGUGGGUGUUUAUUGACUUUGGCCUAGAUCUCCAGCCUUGCAUUGACCUGAUUGAAAAGCCAAUGGGUAUUUUGUCCAUCUUGGAAGAAGAAUGCAUGUUUCCCAAGGCUUCAGACAUGAGCUUUAAAGCCAAACUCUAUGACAACCACUUGGGAAAGUCUCCUAACUUCCAGAAGCCAAAACUGGACAAGAAGCGGAGAUAUGAGCCACACUUUGAGUUGAUGCAUUAUGCAGGAGUGGUUCCCUACAACAUAAUGGGGUGGCUGGAUAAAAACAAAGAUCCACUGAAUGAAACCGUGGUGACAGUGUUCCAGAAAUCAUCCAAUAAACUUCUGGCUAGUUUGUAUGAGAAUUACAUUAGCUCUUAUUCAGUUGAACAUCAGAAACCCGGAGUGAAAGAAAAACGCAAGAAAGCAGCUUCAUUUCAGACAGUUUCUCAGCUCCACAAGGAGAAUCUAAAUAAAUUGAUGACAAAUCUUCGGUCAACACAACCUCAUUUUGUGAGGUGCAUCAUUCCCAACGAAAGCAAGACUCCAGGAGUAAUGGAUCCAUUCAUGGUGCUCCAUCAGCUAAGAUGCAAUGGUGUCCUUGAGGGGAUUAGAAUUUGCCGCAAAGGAUACCCCAACAGGCUUCUUUAUGCCGACUUCAAACAACGAUACCGAAUUCUCAACCCUAAUGCAAUCCCGGAUGAUAAAUUUGUAGACAGUAGGAAAGCAACUGAAAAAUUAUUGGGCUCUCUAGACAUAGAUCACACACAGUACAAAUUCGGACACACUAAGGUCUUCUUCAAAGCUGGGCUUCUUGGGCAACUGGAAGAGAUGCGAGAUGAGCGACUGGCCAAGAUCAUAACUAUGCUACAGGCCAGAAGCCGAGGGAGGCUAAUGAGGAUUGAAUAUCAUAAAAUAAUUGCAAGAAGGUACGCUCUGAUGGUAAUCCAGUGGAAUAUCCGGGCUUUCAACGCUGUCAAGCACUGGUCUUGGAUGAAGUUGUUCUUCAAGAUAAAACCUUUGUUGAAAUCAGCCCAAACAGAAAAGGAGAUGGCAAACAUGAAGGAAGAAUUCCUAAAGUUGAAAGAAGCUCUGGAGAAGUCUGAGGCCAAACGGAAAGAGUUGGAAGAGAAACAGGUCACUUUAAUACAGGAAAAAAAUGACCUGGGCCUGCAGCUCCAGGCAGAACAAGACAAUCUUGCAGAUGCGGAGGAACGUUGUGAUCUCUUAAUCAAAACCAAAAUCCAGCUAGAGGCCAAGGUGAAAGAGCUGACUGAGAGGCUGGAGGAUGAGGAGGAAAUGAACUCUGACUUAACAUCGAAGAAACGGAAGUUGGAAGAUGAAUGUGCUGAGCUUAAGAAAGAUAUUGAUGACCUGGAGAUCACUCUGGCCAAAGUAGAGAAGGAGAAACAUGCUACAGAAAACAAGGUGAAGAACCUGAUAGAGGAGAUGGCUGCACUGGAUGAGAUUAUUGCCAGAUUGACCAAAGAGAAAAAAGCCCUACAGGAAGCUCACCAGCAAGCUCUGGAUGACUUGCAAGCUGAGGAAGACAAAGUCAACACUCUUACCAAAGCCAAAGCUAAACUUGAGCAACAAGUGGAUGAUCUGGAAGGUUCUUUGGAGCAGGAGAAAAAGCUGAGGAUGGAUCUAGAGCGAUCAAAACGAAAGCUGGAAGGAGAUUUAAAACUCACUCAAGAGUCUGUCAUGGAUUUAGAGAAUGACAAGCAGCAACUGGAGGAGAAGCUCAAAAAAAAGGACUUUGAAACUAGCCAGCUCAAUUCAAGAAUUGAAGAUGAACAAAUGAUGUGUGCUCAGUUGCAGAAGAAAAUUAAAGAGUUGCAGGCACGUAUAGAGGAACUAGAGGAAGAGCUUGAGGCUGAACGUGCCACACGGGCUAAAGUGGAAAAACAGAGAGCAGAAGUAGCAAAAGAACUUGAGGAACUGAGUGAAAGAUUGGAAGAGGCUGGUGGAGCCACUUCUGUGCAGAUAGAGAUGAAUAAAAAGAGGGAAGCGGAGUUCCUCAAACUGCGACGAGAUCUGGAAGAAGCAACCCUGCACCAUGAAGCGACAGCCGCAGGCCUGCGCAAGAAGCAUGCUGACACAGUUGCUGAGCUUGGGGAACAGAUUGACAGCCUGCAGCGAGUCAAGCAAAAGCUGGAAAAGGAAAAGAGUGAGAUGAAGAUGGAACUCGAUGAUUUUACCUCCAAUAUUGAACAACUCACUAAAAAUAAGGCAAAUGCAGAAAAACUUUGUAGGACAUUUGAGGAUCAACUGAGUGAGGCAAAAUGUAAGGUGGAUGAACUUCAGCGUCAGUUAGCAGAUAUCUCCCUGCACAGAGCCAGGCUUCAGACAGAGAAUGGAGAACUAUCCCGGCUACUGGAAGAGAAAGAGUCUUUUGUGAAUCAACUAAGCCGUGGGAAAGCUUCCUUUACUCAGUCUAUUGAAGAACUAAAGAGGCAGCUAGAGGAAGAAACCAAGGCAAAGAAUGCCUUGGCUCAUGCACUACAAGCCUCCCGUCAUGACUGCGACCUCAUGAGGGAGCAAUAUGAAGAAGAGCAGGAGGCCAAAGGAGAACUACAAAGGUCUCUGUCCAAAGCAAAUGCUGAGGUGGCCCAGUGGAGGAACAAAUAUGAAACUGAUGCCAUUCAGAGAACAGAAGAACUAGAAGAAGCCAAGAAGAAACUGGCUGCACGUCUACAGGAUGCUGAACAGGCAGUGGAAACAGCUAAUGCCAAGUGCUCUUCCCUAGAGAAGACCAAACAUCGCCUACAAACUGAGAUUGAAGACCUGGUCAUUGACCUAGAGAGAGCCAACUCUGCUGCAGCUGCCCUAGACAAGAAGCAGAGGAACUUUGACAGGAUCCUGGGCGAAUGGAAGCAGAAGUAUGAGGAGACCCAGGCUGAGCUGGAAGCCUCACAAAAGGAGUCUCGCAGUCUAAGCACUGAGCUCUUUAAGCUGAAGAAUGCAUAUGAAGAGUCUCUGGACAAUCUGGAGACCAUGAAGAGGGAAAACAAAAACCUGCAAGAGGAGAUUGCAGAUCUCACUGAUCAAAUCAGUGCAAGUGGCAAAAUGAUUCAUGAGCUAGAAAAGGUCAAGAAGGCUCUGGAGAGUGAGAAGAGUGACAUCCAGGCAGCUUUGGAGGAGGCUGAAGGUGCUCUGGAGCAUGAAGAGAGCAAGACUUUAAGAAUCCAGCUUGAGCUCUCCCAGAUAAAAGCAGAUGUGGACAGAAAGGUAGCAGAGAAAGAUGAGGAGAUUGAGAAUCUAAGACGGAAUCAUCAACGUGCCAUGGAGUCAAUGCAAGCAAGCUUAGAUGCAGAGGCCAAAGCCAGAAAUGAGGCCAUUAGACUCAAAAAGAAGAUGGAAGGAGAUCUCAAUGAAAUGGAGAUCCAACUCAAUCAUGCCAACAGGCAGGCAGCAGAGUCCCAGAAAAUGGUCCGUAACCUGCAGUCUCAUGUUAAGGACUUGCAGAUUGAGCUUGAUGACACUCUCAGACACAAUGAUGACCUGAAAGAACAAGCAGCGGCCUUGGAGCGGCGCAAUAGUCUACUGUUGGCUGAGGUGGAGGAAUUGCGAGCUGCCUUGGAACAAGCAGAGAGAGGAAGAAAGCUAGCAGAGCAGGAGUUGCUAGAGGCCACCGAAAGGGUUAAUCUUCUGCACUCCCAGAACACAGGCCUUAUCAAUCAAAAGAAAAAGCUGGAUGCUGACAUCUCUCAACUGACCACAGAGGUUGAAGAAUCAGUCCAGGAAUGUUCUAAUGCAGAGGAGAAAGCCAAGAAAGCCAUCACAGAUGCAGCAAUGAUGGCAGAGGAGCUAAAAAAGGAGCAGGACACCACCGCUCACCUGGAAAGAAUGAAGAAGAACAUGGAUCAAACCAUCAAAGACCUGCAGAUGCGUCUUGAUGAAGCAGAGCAGAUUGCUUUGAAAGGUGGAAAGAAGCAGAUCCAGAAACUGGAAGCUAAGGUGAGGGAGAUGGAAGGUGAGCUGGAGAAUGAGCAGAAAAAGAAUGCUGAAACCCAGAAGGGAAUCCGCAAGUAUGAGAGAAGAAUAAAGGAGCUCACUUAUCAGACAGAGGAGGACAGAAAAAACCUUGCCCGCAUGCAGGAUCUGAUUGAUAAGCUGCAAAUGAAAGUCAAGAGCUACAAGCGGCAGUCAGAAGAGGCUGAGACCCAAGCCAACUCUAACCUUCUGAAGUACAGGAAAAUCCAGCACGAACUGGACGAUGCAGAGGAACGAGCUGAUGUAGCAGAAGGUCAAGUCAAUAAACUUCGUGCCCGCACUAGAGAAGCUGCUUCUUCCAAGCAUGAAGAAUAAGGAACAUUGGAGACCAGUCUCGCUGUGAUCACCUCCAAACUGCUGUAACAGCUGUCGCUAUGCUUUAUGCCAUAAGUAUAUUUGUAUGGAGAACAUCCCACCAGCCCUGUGCAAGCAAAUAAAGGCAAUAAAUUGAAA